ACCUUGUGGUAAAUAAUGGUCUGAAAUAAACACGUUUGCCAUGUGUUCCUGACCCUUGUAAUCACGUUUUCCCCGGGAUCUCCGCAUUUAAGUUGACAGCAGCACUAAGGGCAGCCUCGGACGAUACAGUAGCCGGGAUUGAUAUAGCGCACAAAAAUAGCGUCUGACCUCGGACAGCAUGCCGGCCUUAAACACACUGACGAGGGUUGCGGGAAGGCUCGUGAGAAGUUCUUUCGCCGUGCCACAGGCGCUCGGCAAGGUCUCUACCGGCCCCGCUGCCGGCGUUUCUCUCAACCAGACACUCUUGCAGGCAAGAUGUAUGUGUGCUGCAGCGGCGGGUCCGAAGGGGUUCAUUUUUAGACAGUUGUUUGACCACACCAGCUUCACGUACUCCUACCUGAUAGCUGAUGCUAACUCCAAGGAGGCGGUGCUGAUAGAUCCCGUUUAUGAACUGGUGAGCAGAGACUUGAAGGUCAUAAAUGAGCUGGGUUUAAAUCUGAAACUCACGGUUAAUACACAUAUGCACGCAGACCAUGUGACAGGAAGUGGCAAACUGAAGCAGGAGAUCGCUGGAUGUAAGAGCGUUAUUUCCAAGUACAGUGGGGCCCAGGCAGACAUAUACCUAGAUGACGGGGAUACUUUUGAGUUUGGGAAAUUCAAGAUGGAGGCAAAGAAAACUCCCGGUCAUACAGAUGGUUGUAUGACAUUCAUAUGGCAUGAACAGGGAAUUGCAUUCACUGGGGAUGCCCUGCUUAUCAGGGGCUGUGGUAGAACAGACUUCCAGCAAGGCAAUCCGGGAACCCUGUAUGACUCUGUUCAUAAUGUUAUAUUGUCACUACCACCGGAUACCCUGCUCUACCCGGCACAUGAUUACACAGGUCAAAGUGUGACGACAGUGGCCGAGGAGAAGAAGUGUAACCCUCGGCUGACCAAGUCUAAGGAAGAAUUCAUCAAAAUUAUGGAAAACCUCAACUUGCCUUACCCUAAACAGAUUGAUCAUGCCCUGCCGAAGAACCAAGUUUGCGGAAUAUUCUAGAAUCAGCUUGUGGUAGAUAGGCACUAACUGUUAUCAGUCAUAUAACAACAACUGACCCUGGCUAUUCCCUCGACCUGGCUUUCAGAUCCUUGAAUCUGGCAAUAAUGAUGUGAUUUCUUGGUCCAUAGCUUAUUGCAUAAUGGCACUGUAUAUUUUUUAACAGGAAAUUCUGUCAGUUUUAAAGUUUUUAUCCAUCAGGAUUCAGGUCUGUUAAUUUUUAGGAAUUGAUUUUAAAAGAUAAAAAUGUCAGAAUUUAUAACUUAUAUUUUCAAUAGUGGAUUCAGGAUGGAGGUAUUCAUUUGAGCAUUUUCAACUCACAAUGUAUUUAUUUAUUGUUAAUUUAUCAUUAUAAGUUUUUGUUGAUGAUGAUCCUAUGUAUCAUCACUGUAUUCGUAACCAAUUGAGGUUGUAUCUACUAUUCAUGAAGUGCAUGUACCUCCUGCAACCUAAAACUACUGUUAUGUUGUACUAAUAUUUAUAAUUACUGGAUCUGCAGUAUUAACGUAUAGUAUUAAGAUCUUUUAAGAUGAGAUUUGAAGAAAAAUGACUAAAAUUGAGAGUAGCCAAUUUUAAUUGUGGUGUUUACUAUAAUAUAAGCUCCUUUUUAAUAUAAUUUUUAUUGGCAUUCUUAAAUGCCUGAACCAUUGUAUCAGACUUUAAAAAUAGGUUUUCUUUCCAUACUGGAUUCAUGUUUCUCCCUAGAGUUUUAAAAUAUUGUUAGUUGAAAAUUUGUACAUUUUGAAUAUCCAUUAUGUUGGCACGCUGCCUCAUAUUGGCCUAUUUGUACAGCAGUCAAUUCCUGAACCUUGAGAUCUGAUAUUUGCCAGCUUUCUCAUUUUCAAAUAUUUUUAUUUUAAUAAUUUAUUAAAAAAUUUUGGUCACAGUCAUUGUAGCACUUCUUCAGUAAGGAUAAGUGAAAUGUGAAAAUGAAAAAGCUGGGAGACAUCUUCUCUGAAUCUCUGGCUAAUUGGGCAUAUCUUUAGCCAUUUAAACUCAAAAAGCUUGUCUUUUUUCACAAACUAACGCACAAAUGGGGGUUAGGGAGUUUUUGCAGAGAAAUGGUGCCUACAUUCUGUCACACAGCUGUCUUGUAAAAUGUUAAAUUCAGGGGCCAUUUCCUAUGAGAACUUCAAAAUUUCAGUCUCCUUUGACCUCAGAUUCAUAGGCAUUAAAUUAAGUAUGCUUAUAGGAAGAAAGAUGUGACUAGAAUGCUAUAGAAGGCAUCCAGAACUAACAGAUCCACAGAUCAAAUAUGGCGACCCACUAUAAAGCUUGCUGCUUAAUUCAUGAUUAGACAUUGUAUAGAUUCCGCGCAGGGAUUAUGCAACAAGUGGGACAUAUUUGAUCUGUGGAUCUGUUAGUUUGCUGUUCUGAAUGUGCUCAUAGACAAGAACUUUAAUUUUAGGGACUACAGCAAUUUAGUUCUUACUGAAGUAGAGAAAAAACUUGAAGUCUUUUUGUGAAACUUUGGGCUGUGAUUGCAUCAGCCUUAAUUCUCUUUAAAAAGAGAAAUCCUCACAAUAAUGGAAACUCAAAGCAAUACUGCUUCAUUUGAUAAAUGUCCACGCUUUCUUUGAGAAAUUUUCAUUUCUUCUUAUCCCCUGUUCCAGACCGUGCCAUACCAUUGAACAAAGUCUGUGGAGUGUUUUAGGGACAUCACAGCCUCUGCUCCCACUUUUUAGAGCUAACAGCUCAUCUUGGAAAAAGUGACAUCUGGAGCACUGUAAAUAAUAGUUGGUACAAUGAGAAACCAGUUUUCAUCAAUAAUGACAGACCAAAGGAAAAGAGCAUUUAUAAGAUUAAGGACUGGCGUGAAGCCAAGGUUAACUUGGUAAGGUGCAAUUUUAGUUUUUUAAACUGAUAUAAGUUUAAAUUUAUAAAGUUUCCAUGGUGACUUGCUGGGUAGCACCAUUAAGUAAGAGGCAUUGCAAACAAUUCAGCAAGACAUUUUUAAAUUGCCAUUUUAGAACCAUUGAAUGUUUUUGAGAAGUACAAAUGUCAUCUCCAAAUGAGUGUGAGAUGUGUUAAGAGUGCUCAAGAUCAACCUUAACUUUUAAAAAUGUUUAAUUGAGAGGAGUGAUAUCAGUAUGCAUAUUAGUGUACCUUUGAAAAUAUAAUGAUAUUCAAGAGUGUGAUCCCUUGAUCAUUUGAAUUAUUAUGUGUGUAUCAUUGGCAAAAUGAUAAAUACCACAAAAGUCCAUAUAAAUACAUGCUCCUAUUAUAUCUAUUUUAAUGGUGGAGGGUUGCUGGUAACAUUGAUGAGUGUUUUAAGUAUUUUAUGUAAAAUAUCUGUUACGUGUUGAAACCUUCAAUUUUACAAAAUAUCUGAUUGUCAUAAUAAACACUUAAUCUUAUA